AUGGCCAACCGCGGCGCUGCAUUCGACGAGCAUGUCUCGACAAUUGAGGAUUUGAAGGAGCUCGGCAGCAAAAGGCUGCCGAAGAUGUACAGAGACUACUUCAAUCAAGGAGCAAUGGAUUUGAUCACUCUGAGGGAGAAUGAGGAAGCCUUCAAUCGAUACAAGAUCCGACCUCGCGUCUUGGUAAAUGUCGACAACAUUGAUGCUAGCGCGGAAAUCUUUGGUCAGAAGGUCGCAUUCCCUUUGGGCUUUAGCCCAGCAGCCAUGCACAAGUUGGCACACCCUGACGGAGAACUGGCAACCUCACGCGCCGCAGCCAACCACAACAUUCCCAUGGCUUUAUCGUCAUACGCGACUGAGUCAAUUGAAGCCGUGGCCGCACAGGGGAAAGGAAACCCAUAUGUCAUGCAAAUUGCAAUCUUCCUCUCUGUCGACGUCCCCGUACUUGGCCGCCGCUUGAACGAGUUCAGAAACAAGUUUGUGCUUCCUGAGGACAUGGCUUGGCCGAACAUUCUUUCCACUGGGAGAGACGAACUAGGAGGUGCUUCGAAGGGCUCGGGAAAUGAUUUCGAUCCGACCCUGACCUGGGACGAGGCGAUUCCGUGGCUCCGAGAGCACACGAAGCUGCCCAUCUGGCUCAAAGGCAUCUACACAGCAGAUGAUGUGGUCAAAGCGAUUCACUACGGGCUUGAUGGUGUCAUCGUCUCCAACCACGGUGGGAGACAGCUUGAUGGAGUGCCCGCAACGCUCGAUUCAUUGCGUGAAUGUGUGCCUGCUGCCAAGGGAAAGAUCCCCAUCGCCCUUGACGGUGGCAUCCGUAGGGGAACCGAUAUUUUCAAAGCUCUAGCUUUGGGAGCCGACUUCGUCUUCGUUGGCAGAAUUCCAAUCUGGGGUCUCGCGUACAAGGGCCAGGAAGGUGUGGAGCUUGGGAUUAAGAUACUGAUGCACGAGUUCAAGAUCACGAUGGCUUUGGCUGGAACCAAGAACAUCAAGGAGAUCAACAAAGGCCAUCUUGCUGUGCUUUCGUCUACUGGAGUUCUGAGCAAACUUUAG